AUGAGACUUGUCGAGACCGUCCUCUCUUCGUUUCAAGUGGCGAAAACAUUUCGUGAAAACACCGACCGAAUCAAUUCUAUUGACUUUUCCAAGAAUGGCGAAACAAUGAUCAGCUCUUCCGAUGAUGAUUCAAUAGUCAUCUACGAUUGUGAAAAGGGCACCCACAAGCGUACACUGAACAGCAAAAAGUAUGGGGCCGAUCUGAUUCACUACACACAUGCUCCAAAUACUGCAGUUCACUCAAGUAACAAAGUGGACGACACCAUUCGAUAUCUUUCCUUGCACGACAACAAAUACAUCCGCUACUUCCAUGGCCACACCAAAAAAGUCGUCACCCUUUGUAUGUCACCAAUUGACGACUCUUUUCUUUCUGGAUCUCUGGAUAAAACGAUCAGACUCUGGGAUCUUCGAUCACCGAACUGUCAAGGAUUGAUGCAUCUGGUUGGCCGACCGGUGGCCAACUUUGAUCCGGAAGGACUCAUCUUUGCAGUUGGCAUCAACAGCGAAUCAGUUAAACUUUACGAUCUUCGUUCUUAUGAUAAAGGACCGUUCAACACCUUUAAAUUGCAACAAGACAGAGAAUGCGACUGGACCGGUCUCAAAUUCUCUCCUGAUGGCAAGAUUAUCAUGAUCUACACAAAUGGAUCGGUCAUACACACUAUCGACGCAUUUACUGGAACGCCACUACAUACUCUGCAAGGACAUGUCAACAACAAAGGUCUUUCUCUGGAGGCAUCUUUUUCGCCUGAUUCUCAGUUCAUCUUUAGUGGUUCCACAAACGGAAAUAUCUGCUGCUGGAAUGCUUUGACCGGCGCCAGAACGGUUAUCUUCAAGUCAGAUCAUGCUGCUCCCGUUCAGUGCGUGCAAUUCAACCCAAAAUACAUGAUGAUGGCAUCUGCCUGCAACACAAUGUCCUUCUGGAUUCCAGCUCUUUAUGAUGAGACACAGCCGUAA